UUGAACUUAAUCUAACUCAGCUACCAAACAUCUACUCAAUUUACACAAUUCCUAAAUCUGUAGCUCGUUCAAAAAGGACUUGGGAUUUAGAUUACCAUCACCAUAAUAAACAUGUAAAAGGGCAAAUAUUGCAUAUUAUAAAACAAUUAUCGAAGAAUAAUCACACAUAAAUACAUAUUUAUUGGGGGAACCACCGAAAGUCGAGGAGAAGAAGAGUGUGGUGUGGUUGGGUUACUUACUUGUUGCAGAAAUGGAAGAAGAACAAAACGGUGGCCGUUUCGAUGUUGUAAUACUUGGGGCGUCGGGAUUCACAGGCAAAUACGUUCUCCGAGAAGCCAUCAAAUUCCUUAACACCCCAUCCUCGCCGCUCAAGUCCAUCGCCAUAGCGGGCCGAAGCCCACGAAAGCUUUCCCAGGCCCUGGAAUGGGCCUCCCGGCCCAACGCUCAACUCUCGCUCCCCAUCCUCACCGCCGACACCUCCGACCCUUCCUCCCUCCGCGCCCUCUGCGCCCGCACGCGCCUCCUCCUCAACUGUGUCGGUCCCUUCCGCCUCCACGGCGAGCCUGUCGUCGCUGCCUGCGCGGCCGCCGGCUGCGACUACCUUGACAUCUCCGGCGAGCCCGAGUUCAUGGAGCGCGUCGAGGCCGCGUACCACGACCACGCGAAGGAGAGCGGGGCGCUUGUGAUCUCGGCUUGCGGCUUCGACUCCGUGCCCGCGGAGCUCGGCGUGAUGUUCAACUCGAGGCAGUGGGUGGAGCCCGCGGCGCCGAACCGCGUGGAGGCUUACGUGGCGCUGGAAUCGGAGAAGAGGAUUGUGGGAAACUUUGCCACUUACGAAUCCGCGGUUCUCGGCGUCGCCAAUGCGCACAAGUUGCAGCAACUCAGAAGGUCGCGGCCUAGAAAACCUAGGCCUCAGAUCCCUGGACCUCCUCCUUCAAAAGGAGAAACUAUAGAGAACCAGAGGAAAAUUGGCCUUUGGGCAGUGAAGCUACCUUCAGCAGAUUCAAUUGUAGUUCGGAGAACUCUGUCAACUCUGACAGAAAACCCCCAGGGUCUCCCUGGGCUGAGUGAGAGUGCUGAAAUGGUUGAGAAAAGAGAAGCCUUCUGGUCAACUGUGAAGCCAGCUCAUUUUGGUGUGAAAAUAGGCACAAAAUCUUUGUUGGGCAUUCUCCGAAUCAUCAUGGUUGGAGUUUUCAUUGGUCUUUUAGGAAGCACUAGUUUUGGAAGGGGGCUUCUUUUGAAAUUUCCUGAAAUAUUCAGCCUUGGUUGGUUCAGGAAGAAGGGCCCCUCUGAAGAGGAGGUGGCAAGUGCUUCCUUCAAGAUGUGGUUUGUUGGACAUGGUUUUACUGAUAGGACUAUUGCUGCUCAGGGAAACACAAAACCUAACAUGGAGAUUGUAACAAGGGUAAUGGGACCUGAAGUUGGAUAUUUAACUACACCAAUAAUUCUUAUUCAGUGUGCUCUCAUUCUUCUCAGCCAACGCGAGAACCUUCCAAAAGGAGGAGUUUACCCUCCUGGGAUUAUCUUUGGUCCAACUGAUCUCCAGGAAAGACUUCAACAAAAUGGAAUAUCCUUUGAUGUCAUCUCAAAAAGCAAUAUUUCUUCUUGACUCUUUUUCUGUUUCAUAGAAAUGUACUCCUUAAAACGAACUUUUAUACUAAGAUUUGGCUUGAUAUGCUUUCAGUCAUU